GACGAGGUGCAACGCAGCGUCGAUCACAAACGAGGCAACAGACGUGCCGGAACGGACCUUGUGAAAGCCCUGCGCAAGCGGUAUUGCGUCUCGACGCGCCGCGGCGACGCUACAGCGACGCCAAGUGCAGACGGCGAUUUGCCCAGAGGAGCCGCCGCGGCGCCGCUGCGGCUCGGCGAGAGCCUCCGCCGCACGCCUACGACCCCCUAUACGCCGUCGCCGCGCAAGCGCUCAACGCUAGAGCCACACAGGUCCCGCGACGCGCCGACGGCACGAUGCCGUUCGUCAAGCUCAUCAAGAACAAGGCCUACUUCAAGCGCUACCAGGUGAAAUAUAAAAGAAGGCGCGAGGGCAAGACCGACUACCGCGCGCGCAAGCGUUUAAUUACGCAGGACAAGAACAAGUACGGCACGGCCAAGUACCGGCUCGUCGUGCGGUUCUCGAACCGCUUCGUGACUGUCUCCGUCCACUGCGCCGAAGUUGUGGGAGACAAGUGCAUCUGCACGGCGACGUCCAAGGAGUUACCUAGAUACGGGCUGAAAAAUGGCCUGAAGAACUUUGCCGCUGCGUACGCCACUGGUUUACUAUGUGCUAGGAGACUCCUCCAGAAAGUGGGCUUAGAUGAGCUCUACGAGGGCAACGACGACCCGGACGGCGAGGUCGUGUCCACCGAAGCGGGCAAGAAGACGUACUUCGUCGAGGAGCUCGAUGAUGACAAGCGGCCCUUCAAAUGUUUACUAGAUGUGGGCGUCACGACGACGACGACGGGCCACCGCGUCUUCGCGGCUUUGAAGGGCGCGUCGGACGGCGGCCUCGACGUCCCGCACAACCACAAGCGCUUCGCCGGUUACGACAAGGAGGCCAAGGAAUAUGAUGCCGAGGCCAUGGCCGACCGGAUCAAGGGUGCUCAUGUCAGUGAGUACAUGGAGAAGCUCAUGGACGAGGAUAACGCGAAGUACCAGCAGCUGUUCAGCAAGUACAUCGAGGAGGGCGUGGAACCGGACGGUCUCGAGGACUUGUAUACGUCGGUCCAUGAAGCGAUCCGGGAGGAUCCCUCGCCGGCCGAGAAGAGCGAGUUCGAGGUUACGGACCGGACGACGUACAAGAAGGCCAAGAAGCUGACGUACGAGGAGCGCAAGGCGCGCGUCGAGGCGAAGAAGGCCGCGAUGGAGGAGGAGGAGGACGAAGAUGAGUCCGAGGAGGAAGAAGAGGAGGCGCCGGCGAAGAAGGCGGACUACUGA